ACCCUCUCUCUCUUUCAUCCUCAUCCCUCCUCUUCUCGUCUCUCCUUCAUCAUCCCCAUCGAUCAUCGAUCCUCUCUUUCGAUCCUUUCCAUCUGAUAUACUCAGUCUUUCCUUCACGAUGCUCUCCUUCAAAUUCAUACUCCUACUCUUCUUUGGUCUGUUUAUGCAGACUGUCCUGGCCACCUCUUAUGGUCCUGUUUCCGAUGUUGUUACUCUUCGUGACGACGAUAACGCGUCCCAGGCCCCUGGAAAUGGAUUUGUCACGGCUGUUUCUGACUUUGGUGAUGAUACCUCUGGCAACGGUCUCCAUGAGAUGACUACUGGUACCUCUUCUGUCGAUACGCUCCCGAACCGCAAGCCUAAGGGCUGCUGGGGCAUGUGCUCCCCCUCGGACAUGUGUCUCUGCAGGAACAAGAGCGUCCGGGUGUAUUGCUACUGUGAAACCCCCGGCAAGAAGUGCAGCUGUGGGCGUGACGCGCUGGCUUCCAGGGACGUGAUCGAGGUUGAUGCAACGGAUACUGUCGUUGAUGAGGGUACAGUUACUGAUGCCGGUGUUGGUGGUGCUGAUAUCUCUGAUGCUGUCCCCUCUGAUGCUGUCCCUUUUGAUGCUGUCCCCUCUGACGACCCUACCUCCGAAGACAUCGACUCAUCCGACGAAGACACCUCACCCAUCAGCAUCCUCUCGAACAAAGGCAAACAACAAUGCCACGGCAAGUGCACCAAGUGCCUCGGCAACUGCAAGGACAAGUUCCAGUGCCUGUGCAAGGGACGCGAUGUCGUCGCCCGUUGUGGAUGCGAGAGACUCGGGGAGAAGUGCCAGUGCAAGGGGCCGUGGCGUGCGGUCCGAGGCGUCACCUCUGUCAACAGCACUACGGCCGAUGAAUUGGAGAGUGCUACACCUUCUGUGGAUGUAGCUGCAGACGAUCUCGACGGUGCAGCAAUCCCAGUCCCCGGUGUUUCUCUCAUCAGCGACAGCGAGCUCAUGGAGUCCAAACCUACAACCUGCCACGGCGUGAUGUGCUCCAAGGACGGCAAAUGCCACUGCAAGCAUGGGCCCUAUAACAUCGUCUGCCCCUGCCACCGACUCGGUGCUCCCUGCUACUGCAAGAACUGGCGCCGCGAUGAUGAUGAUGAUGAUGUUUCUGGCAGUGUCGACGCGGCUGUUGCAGAGACCGUCGAUACCACCUCCCCUGCGACUCCUGUGGCUGAUGACAACACCCCCACCCCUGAGGACGAAGAUACAGAAGCGUCCUCGCAACCUGGUUUUUCGCACGCCGUGAACGAUGAAUUCUCCACCCUGCAGCGCACCUGCUACGGCACCUGCAGCCGCAAACACAAAUGCAACUGCCGCGGCAAGACCUGUCGCUGCCAGAUCCCCGGCGAGAGCUGCAAAUGCGUCUUUCCCUUCCUGCCCCCGAGGGAGCUUGAAUCCAUCCCCACAUUCCCCGGUGAUGAGGCCGAGGCGGAGGUAGAUGAUACGGUCAUCACCUCUCCUGCCCCCAUCGAAGACAUCGCUACCUCGUCUGCAGAGGACACGGUCAUCCCCUCCAACAUCAACGAAAUCACCCCCCAAGAAGACAAACCCCUGAACCCCGAGGAAGACGCCACCGAUACCGAAACCGCAACCUCCCCCAUCGAAACUGAAAACUCUCCGCUCCUCGCGCGUGGCGAGCCAUGCUGGGGCGUCUGCGACAAAUACCGACACUGCUACUGCGGCCACAUCCGCACCAACUGCAACUGCUCCAAGCGCGGCCACCGGUGCUACUGCGCCUCGGGCCCCAACGAUCUGCCGCCUGGGAUGGGGUCGGGGGUUACUUACUGAUUCCAUCCAUCACAGAAAAACACUUGGACUGGAGAGGGGUUUGGGUCCGGUUUGCGCUUGGACUUGGACUUGGUCACGCUUUAACCUUACACACUUGGUGCUAUUCCCUCGAUCGUCAGAUGAAGAUUCAAGAUUCCUUGGUGUUUCUGCGUUUUGGCCUCGAUACGAUAUGGAUGAUAUUUUGGCGGAGUGGGACAGUGUUGACUUGGGUGUCUGGACCAAAUCUGAGUGUUGUUGAUGAGGUUGGAACUGGGCUGCACUGUACCUGGACAUGCAGUAGGUGAUAUUUGCUAUUCUAUUCUUGGCUUGGACUUUUGUUCUAUGUCAAAUGAUGAUAUGAUAGGGGAUUUACCUGAAUUGAAAGUUUCUGAUGCUUUGCAUCGCAUGACCGAG